UCCAGACCAGAACUUAGAUGCCUGCCCCUUUGUAUAACGUGCUCCUACCUUCGUUUUGUUAUCUUCUUAUCAAAAGUUAGUGUUAGAUUAGUUAUAUUACUGUCAUAACUGAUUACUUUGGACAGAUCUCGUGUCUCAUCUUCAUCAUAGUUACUGAAGACGUAGAUAGUGAAGCAUAGUAAGUGUUAUUUGUAAAGAAAAUGAGACACAACCCAGCUUAGUGACAGAAAUACAACAACAAAAUGGCAGAGUUGGUGUUAUUUGUAAAUAAAAUGAGACACAACCCAGCUUAGUGACAGAAAUACAACUAAAUAAUGGCAGAGUUGGAAAAUUUCAAAACUACACUGAAGAACAUCUCGUCAUCUCUUCAUACACUGCAAAAGAUAGUAGAGUGUCCAGUAUGUCUGGACACAAUCCAAAUUCCAUUUAAGACAUGCAGCAGAGGCCAUGGAGUUUGUAACUGCUGCUGUGAGAAGUUAAAGAAUUGCCCAACAUGCGAAGGUCCAUUUAUAAUAGAGAAUCCUGUGUGUUUAAAAAACCUUCUGGAAGCCCUUCCUCGCCAGUGCAAGUACCAAGAAGAUGGUUGCCUAGACAUUCUGGAGCCCGGGAGUGACCAUGAGGAAUUCUGUGGUUUCAGGCCUGCAGAGUGUAGGAAAAGUGAUUGCAACACUGUGAUUCCUUUGAUAAAACUGGUGGAUCACUAUGAGAAAGAGCAUUGUGACUCAAUCUUUAAUUACAAAGCAAAUUCAUCUAAUCCUUGGAUUUGGCCACAGUUCGAUCCUAAGGAAUUCUAUACUGAUCAUGUUCUUAUCUCUGUGUUUGACAAUAUAUUCUGGGUUACGGAUAGUUUAAGUCAGAACAAUUUUGAACUUACCUUUGAAGCAAAUCCAAUUGGAAAGUUGAAAAAUGAAUAUUUUUUAAAAGUUAAGAUUGAAAAAGAUGAGUUUUUAUAUGUAUCUACAUUAAAGGCUUCUGUGGUGAAGUGUUCUGAAAAAGAAGGAAAAAGUAACUCAGAUGUUGAGAAUAAUAGCAUGAGUAUUAAACAGAGCGCCCUAUGUGAUGUCAUUAAUGAUGAUGGAAAUCUUUUAUGUGAGGCUACGUUUUUUGAACGCCAAAAGUAAAUCUCCUUACGUACUUGUUCAAAUUGUGUUGCAAUGUUUCAGUUUUGUGUAUGAAGCUUUGACAUAUCAGGUUUUCCUCUCUCAGCUUGGUAAAAUACCAGCCUCUUUAAUCAGGAUAAAACUUGAACAAUGUGUUAUGUUACCGUUCGUAUUUUAUUAUAUUUUUAAGGGUGGGAUUAAAUAAAACCUUUAAUUGUGAAGAGAUAAUAGGGAUGCUGUCAUUGUGGAGCAUCUAUAAUAGUAAGGUGCAAUAAGCACAACAAUUUUCUAAACUCUAAUAUUAAAGUGAAAGGUAACUUGUGACACAAAACUGUUCAAUAUAGUAUUGUAUGGUAGGUAAAAAAUUACACCAUUUGGAGGUCGGGUUUGAGGUGGGGGUGGUUUGUAUUUGAAAAAUAUGUAGGUUUUUUGUUUUUAUGGUAUAUUUUUACAACUAUGCAGUUUAGCAAUAAACACGCUGUUUAAUCAAUAAUCUAGCUAUAUUUGCAAAAUAAUCUAUGAAUAAAUUUAUUGUUAUAGAUAAUAAUUAUGGGGAUAUUUCAUAAAAACAAACAAAAAAACUGCUCAAAAUGGGGUAACUUUUUUAACAUACAAUACAGUAACUGUAUUGCAAUUUGGAGUCAAAAGUUAGCUUUCACAUUGGAUUUUGAGGUUAAGGUGUAAUUCUACUAUACUAAUAUCAAAGAGAAAAAUUACUAUUAUGAUAUGACUCUACUGUGUAAAAAUAUAUAAUGGAAGAAGUGUCCUUUACAGUGCCUUAACUAAAUGGAUUUGUAGUUUUGUGAAGAGUCACCUGAUAGUGGUAUAGGCUAUGACAGAGAAAACCUUUUAGGAUAAUAUUUUAAAAGAUUUGUAAGAGUGUGAUUUAAAAUGUCAACUAUCUAAAGCUCAUAAGGGACCAUGAUUCCUUUAGCAUCUGUAAUGUACAGAUUGGUAGGAAGAGCUAAUGAUGUUCUUGACUACAAAACUUAUAAUUUUAUAUUAAAGCGUGUUUUUAAGAACUUAUGAUAGUUAUAUUUUAAGUAUUUGUUAACAUUAUGUAAUGUAAAAAAGAGAAUUGAAAUAAA